GGCGGGGCUUCGGGCUCUGACCUGGAAGUACUAGCUCUACACUAGCCACUUUUUUUUUGGGUCGUGCCAGUGGGGAAGAUGGCCACGCUGCAGGAGAGUGGAGUCAAAGUGGAUGGCGAGCCGAAACUAAGCAAGAAGUGGUGGUAAUCAUUAGUUCCGGGGUGUUCUGCCAUGUUGAUGCAAGCUGCUGUCAGGCUUGUUAGGGGGUCCCUGCGCCAAACCUCAUGGGCAGAAUGGGGUCAGAGGGAACUUCGACUGGGCCAACUUGCUCCUUUCACAACGCUCCACAAGGACAAGCCACUUUCUGAUAGAAGAAGUGAGCUAAAGAGGCGUCUGAAAGCUGAGAAGAAAGUGGCAGAGAAAGAGGCCAAGCAGAAGGAGCUCAGUGAGAAACAGCAAAGCCAGGCUGCUGCCACCCCCGCUGCCACCCCCGCUGCCACCAAUCACACUGCUGACAAUGGUGUGGGCACUGAGGAGGAGACACUGGACCCAAACCAAUACUACAAGAUCCGUAGUCAAGCGGUCCACCAGCUGAAGGUCAGUGGGGAGGACCCGUACCCACACAAGUUCCACGUGGACAUCUCACUCACUCAGUUCAUCCAGGAAUACAGUCACCUGCAGCCUGGGGACCACCUGACUGACAUCACCUUAAAAGUGGCAGGUCGUAUCCAUGCCAAGAGAGCCUCUGGGGGAAAGCUCAUCUUCUAUGACCUUCGAGGAGAAGGGGUCAAGUUACAAGUCAUGGCCAACUCCAGGAACUAUAAAUCUGAGGAAGAAUUUGUACGUAUCAAUAACAAACUGCGGCGGGGAGACAUAAUUGGAGUUCAGGGGAAUCCCGGGAAAACCAAGAAGGGUGAGCUGAGUAUCAUCCCCUAUGAAAUCACACUCCUGUCCCCCUGCCUGCACAUGCUGCCUCAUCUUCACUUCGGCCUCAAAGACAAGGAAACAAGGUAUCGACAGAGAUACUUGGACUUGAUACUGAAUGAUUUUGUGAGGCAGAAAUUUAUCAUCCGCUCGAAGAUCAUCACAUAUAUAAGAAGUUUCUUGGAUGAGCUGGGAUUCCUAGAGAUCGAAACUCCCAUGAUGAACGUCAUUCCAGGGGGAGCUGUCGCCAAGCCUUUCAUCACCUACCACAAUGAGCUGGACAUGAACCUAUAUAUGAGAAUUGCUCCAGAGCUCUACCAUAAGAUGCUGGUGGUUGGUGGCAUUGACCGGGUUUAUGAAAUUGGGCGGCAGUUCCGGAAUGAGGGAAUUGAUUUGACUCACAAUCCUGAGUUCACCACGUGUGAGUUCUACAUGGCCUACGCAGACUAUCACGACCUCAUGGAGAUCACAGAGAAGAUGCUGUCAGGGAUGGUGAAAAGCAUUACAGGCAGUUACAAGGUCACCUAUCACCCAGACGGGCCGGAAGGCCAAGCCUAUGAGAUUGACUUCACCCCACCUUUCCGAAGAAUCAGCAUGGUAGAAGAGCUUGAGAAAGCCCUAGGCGUGAAGCUUCCAGAAACCAGUCUCUUUGAAACUGAAGAAACUCGGAAAAUUCUUGAUGAUAUUUGUGUUGCAAAAGCUGUUGAAUGCCCUCCACCUCGGACCACAGCCAGGCUCCUUGAUAAGCUUGUUGGCGAGUUCCUUGAAGUGACAUGCAUCAGUCCUACAUUCAUCUGUGAUCACCCACAGAUUAUGAGCCCUUUGGCCAAAUGGCAUCGCUCCAAAGAGGGUCUAACUGAGCGCUUUGAGCUGUUUGUCAUGAAGAAGGAAAUAUGCAAUGCCUAUACCGAGCUGAAUGAUCCCAUGCGGCAGCGACAGCUGUUUGAAGAACAGGCCAAGGCAAAGGCUGCUGGCGAUGAUGAAGCUAUGUUCAUAGAUGAGAACUUCUGUACUGCCCUGGAGUAUGGGCUGCCCCCGACAGCGGGCUGGGGCAUGGGGAUCGACCGGCUCACCAUGUUUCUCACAGAUUCCAACAAUAUUAAGGAAGUACUUCUGUUUCCUGCCAUGAAGCCUGAAGACAAGAAGGAAACUUCAACUGAAACACCAGAAAGCACAGCAGCUGGCCCAUCUGCCUAGAAGAUACAUAAAACUCUGGCUCUCCGAAUUUCAGCAGAUCUGGUCUGAGGGCUUCAGUGUAGUGCCGUCCAUCUGGCCACUGCCAGCCAGCCACCACAAGAGAGAAUUAAAGAACAUCUUUUUAUUCCUUGUUACCAAAUAAACCAUUUCUCUCUUUA